GGCGCGAUCAGUUUCCGUGGAACGUGAGGAAAACAUCAAAUCGAGUGUUUUAAGGAUUCAUUGAAUUGUUCCCCACAGAUUCAAAGUGAGACAUACCGGAAGACUAGUGAAGUUCACAGAAUGAAAGUGAAAUAUUUUCAGAAAGUAAAUUAUGCAGAAUAAACAUCAUCAUACCGGUUGAAGAUAAAACUUUGUGAAACGAAGAUCAUUGAAAUUAUUAGUGUAAUACCGGCAAUUAUGGGAGUGCGUGCGUGGAUAACGUUUCUGACAUUCCUCCUUCCAUGUGUUCAGCAUGGAGCCACCUUCGAUAUAUUUCCACUGAACAACGAAAUUGUAUACCGAUUGGAAACGGAUGUCACUUUGGUACCUGACUUUCAAGCCCAGUCCAACUACAUUUGGACACUUGUUGGGCAGCUGCGAGUGCAACGAUACGACACGAAUAAUUUGGCAGUUCAGAUCAUUUUGGAUGGCGGAGAGUUUUUUCGCCAGAGUAACGUUACCGCCUUGUUGGAACCGUUCCGUGUCGCCAUCGCAAACGACAGCUCUGUGCUGAGUGUUCUGUUCAAGGAGAAUGAGCCGUUGUGGUCUGCCAACAUCAAACGUGCAGUGGCAUCGCUGCUGCAAGCACAUGGUGAUAGUGCCGGAGCGUACGUCGUUGAUGAGCAGGGUAUAUUCGGUACCUGUCCUACGGAAUAUUUUGCGGUUAACAAUUCGAACGUGUUCGAGAUUUCUAAAACCUACGACAUGAGCAGGUGCAAUAUUUAUCCGGGUGCAAUUUAUCUGACGCGAAGCAACAUUCCACUGAAUAUUUGCACCGUGAACAAGCAGAAUCAGGCGAUGACUUCCCGGAUAGCCAGUUACAAACUGAAGAAGGUUGAACCGUACAAGUACAUGCUGCUGGAGAUGGAUGGCACUAUGAGGACCAACGUGCGUACCUUCGAAUCGUACUAUCCGCAGUUUCUGUAUACGAAGGUUCAGUUAAAGUAUGAAAGUCAUAGUGCGAUCGAAAGUCCGGCACAUGUUUUCGACAUUGUUCAGGGGAUGUCACUGCUGUUCAGUCCAAUUUUGUUCGUUAGUCCGGAGGCGGAAGCCACCGGUGGUCGAAGUCCACGAUCACAGGAAAAUUUGGUGAAACGAACAGCCGAUUUACUCAGCAAGCUGGCAGAUAAUCUGGAAUCGAUCGACUCGAAACUGAAGGAACCGUACGAUGAAACAGUGUCCGAAAUCAUCCGUCUGAUGGGAACGAUGGACUUACAGACACUGAAAUUGUUGUUUGAGGAAAUUGACCUGGGGACAUCGUAUCGGCAAGAAACGGCUAGAAAUAUUCUGCUGGAAAUAAUUCCCAGAACCGGAACCUCACCAACCAUUCUGUUGACUCGUGAUUUAAUCAUCAAUCAGCAGGUCAAUCCGUCGACCGCGGUACAGCUGUUAAUUUCAUUGCCAUUCUAUAUGUCCGAACCCUCGAACGAGUUGGUAAAGGAGUGCGAAGUUUUCCUCAGCUUCGGAGCGGAUCGUCCGGAUAUCAAGCACGCUGCAGUGCUGAGCUAUGCGACCAUGAUCUACAAUACGUUCGUGGCGGGUAAGAUGACUUCGGAUGUGUUCGAAAAAUAUGUGAAGAUCUACUUUGACAUGUUUCUAAACAGCUUUGAAUAUGAACAGCAGAUGCUAUAUCUGGAAGCCCUCGGGAACCUGCAGUUGGAAAACGUCGCCGAAUAUCUUGAUCCGAUUAUCAAAGCGGAUUAUGCCCAAAACACUGACAUUCGAUUUUUGGCUAUGUGGGCCACAAUGCCAACAGCACAUUUGCGCCCGAAUCAAGUGUACGAAACGUACUGGCCAAUAUUCCAUUCGAAAAAUAGUCCCCUUCAGUUGCGGGUGGCAGCCUUUACCAUGCUGCUGGUGUCCAAUCCGACACCUGGUCGACUGUUGGGACUGUACAGUGUCAUCAAGACGGAAAAUGAUCCCCACAUGAUUAACUUCUACCGGACGACUGUGCUAAGCAUUUCGGAAACCACCUAUCCGUGCUAUCAGCAUCUGAAACAACUACUAGCCUACAUGACGCGUCAAUUGCCGAAGGCUCCAUCGUCGAAGUAUUGGGUUACGGGAAACUAUCUGUUCGAUUACAGGGACCGUAAGUUUCACAUAGGAUCAAUGCUGCAAGCGAUGUUAGUCGGUAGCCACAAGACCGAUCUUCCGAUGGUGGUUUAUGCAAAGUUCGACACCGAAGCACUGGGUCGUUUUACCGGACAAUUAGGGCUUUACAUCAAAGCUCGCGGUCUUACGGAUGCCGUUCUCCAACGACUGACGAAACUCAACUCCAGUUAUUUAAAAUUAGAUCGACUCGCCAUUAUUCUCAAAUCUAUGAAAAUGCCGACAAUAAGUCCGACUCCACUGCAUUUCGAGUUCAUUGUUCAAUUCGAAGGCAAAGCGGUGCUGUCCUAUCACCUGAAUCAAACAACUUUCCACAAUCUGACGGACGGUGAUCUAAUUAAUCGCAUCAACUUCCUGCUGCGGGACAGCCACAUCAACAUGCAGAUCGUGCGUAGACCGUUCAUGAUCAAGUACGCCCUGCCGACGCUAAUCGGAACUCCGGCGGACAUUCUGAUAGAAAACACCGUACUGGCAACGAUCCGAGGGAACACCACACAGCAGAUGAUGAUGGACCGGGUAGCUCGCAGCAAUCAGGUCGAUCUACGGUACUCAUCCUAUGCGGUCGUUAAAAUUCGUAGCUACAAUCCGAUCGAGGACAUUGAAUACUCCACCAUCCGGGAGCAGGGUUUCCUAGUGUACAUUCCGAUCAACAACGAGAUAGUCUGGGAUAUUGCCAGCAAAUCGAUCAGCUAUGCUUUCUAUCGUCCCGACGGUCUAACCAGCGGUAUUUCGCUGAAGAGCAGAACACGAAAUACGCCCUCGGAUGCGCUGGUGCUCCGAGAUAAGUUGGAACCCAAGGAGGAGGAAAUCGCUUCGUUCGACUAUGCGUUCGAAGAUUUGGGUAUUCAGUUUAUGGCAAGGGCUCACGAGGAUUACACGAAGGAUAAUGUGAUGUUUAUGCUCGAAACGGAUGUACUGGACAAUGCUAAAGUAUUGACCAAAGCCCCGUUCUCUCUCGUGAACCAUGUACUUCGACUGAUCAAUCUGAUACAACUGAACACCAUCCACAUCGGCAGGGACAAGCAUCUAACGAUUCUGAUCUCCAACAAGCAAAAAACACGUCUCCAGGGAACAUUGAAAUGGGAUGUGGAAAAUUACUCCCGACAGAUUAAUGUGGACGAGAACGAAGUGUUCCGUAUAAACCUAAUUUUGGCACAUACGAUUCCCAAACCGGAAGGCAGCCGGGAUGAAGUCAAAGUUCUGCAUAAAUGGGAUCUAACUUCGCAGUUCACUGACUACAAGAAUAAUAACGGAGCCAAGUUUUUCUUCUCUCUUACCCGGGAAGAAUCAAACAGCGCCAACUGGAAGCUCUGUCUCUUUUCCGAAUACAAACCAUUGGUGUUUUUGAAACGUCCAUUUAAUCUGGUAGGCCACGUUGCUUUUAACGAAACACGAGUUCCAAAGCGCUGCCCGGAAGUUCCACGUAUCACAUUCAACAUCUCGUACCAUUUGCCGAGGUAUGUGCACGAUUUCUACAACAUUUUGGAUACGGGAGAUACGAACUGUCCCAAGGAAAUACUACGACUGUCGCCACCACCGUUUUCCGGGAACUGUAGCGCGGAGACGUUUGCACCGUUGACCACGGUUUCUGGACUGGACAUUGGCUUCAAAUUCGAAAAGCUUCCAGCGUGGAUUGUGAAUCUGCUUCACCGACUUGACCAUCUGGCCUCGGCAGUAGUGCCACGACGCGUCCAAACGUUGAACAUUACCGAUUACCUGGAUGUGAACAUCAAGACCACCCGAUGGAGCAGUGACACCGAUAUAACCAUUAACGGUGGCACAAUCUGGAUUCCGACCCGGUACUACUACAAUGAGAAGCUUAACCAUCCGAAGAAAAAUAAAAUGGAUUACGGGUUCACAAGUAUGUGCAGUUUGGUUAACCAAAAGCUGACCACCUUCCAUGACCGAAUUAUUCAGCUGAACGACGAUACUAAACAGGAGUUCAAACUGAACGAUUCGUUUCUGUUGGCAGCCGACUGCUCGGACGUUCCGAAAAUUGCCAUCUUCGUGUUGGACAACGGCAAGGGUAUUCAAAUUUACACCGGAGGGAACUACAUUGUCUAUGAGACGACCGGUCAGCAGGAAUCGGAUCCGAUUCUCAACAUCAAUGACGAACAGCUGAUCAAUUUGAAGAAUGUGGUGUACCAGUAUCCUCCGGACGAGGACAUCUACGACUUCCGGGUGUAUUUAAACGACGAAGACGUGCUGAUCGUGGAAAAUCAGCUGAAUGGAGCCGUGGUGCAGUACGAUCGGAAGACGAUCGUCAGCAUUCUGUUGCCGACGGUGCACAAAGGCCGCAUGUGUGGACUGUGCAGCAGUCGAACUCACUAACACGAGAUUAUAGCUCUAUUUAGUAGAAAAUAUUAUUUGACCAGUGCUCUCUAACUAUAUUAAUUGCACUCUGUAGAUGUAUAUUUUAUUAUUCCCGUGAAGAAUCUGAUGCUGUUGGAGAAUAUAAAAGCCUAUCGUAAAUGAAA